CAGUUCGACGCCGCCCGGGGCGGAAGACCACGAGUUAUCAAAUGCAAAAAUCAUGUCUGGGUCUGGAAGAGCCAAACUUGUGAUGCUGCAUUUGGAUGCUAAAAAAGCCUGUAUUGCAUGACCCGCAAGUAGAGUAGAAUUCAAAUUUGGCUACGCGGAGAUGGCAUUUAUCAUGCUGGAUGCGCAUAGAUAAGCGCUCAAAAAAUCUGUGAUGCUGUGGCAUACAUCACAGACAUCAUGGAUCAUGGAACAUGUGCAUGACAAACUUCUCCUCGUCCAGACCCAGACAGAUUUGCAUUUGAUACGAGUUGUUGCAAGACAAUUUCCUCCUGGAGGUGACGUGCGAAGGGCGGCAGAAGACCUCCACUCGGGACGAAGAGACCCGACGUUCUAAUACAAUGAAAAGUGCUCCCACCCCCGAACUUGAAAGCAUUUGUAUUGCAAACCUUUCCAAAUGAAACAUUCGCCCUCUUGCAUGUAUGUGGCGGUUUCGCUCUACCAUACGUUUCGGUGUCACUUGCAUACAAAAUACAAUACAUUUUUUUGCACUUUCUCAUCGGGAAAUCGGCCAACUCCGUCACACCGAAACUGGCUUGGAAUUGCACGACGACGACGCCGAGCCUGGCCGGGAAUACAAAAAAAAAGCAUACAAAUUCGUAUGUAUUGAUACAAAUUGCAAUACAUACUGGCUAGCGCAUCGAGACUAUGGCGCCGCCCUUCCCGAUACAUACUGAAUAGCACACCGAAACUGCCCGCAGUGCGACGCCGUUGCGUGCCCCCCCGCCCCCCCCCGGGUUUGGGCCCUAUGGGCGCGAAAGGCACACGCAGAAGGCCACCGGGGAAGAGAAGAAAACAGGAAAGGCAAGCGGAGCAACCGGCGCACAUUAGGAAGCGGCCGGCCUUUGAUUUUGUGUUUUUUCGCGCGCGGUCUGCCCGCGCCCCGUCCUCCACCCACGUGCGCAAUGCCCGCAAAGAGGGCAACGCCGUCGGCCUUAGGUUGCCGCGUGGAAACACCGCCGACCCCACCGCCUUCACACAGGCAAGCUGGUUGCGCGCCGGCGCUCGGGGCCCGGCACGCAGGAGAAUACUAUUGGCGCGCCGAGAUUGUGCCCGCCCGCGCCUGCAGGCGCGUGGCGGCCAUCAAAUCGUGCUGCGACAGCCGGCUCCUGACAGGCCCAGAGAGUAGCAGCCACCCGACAGGCCCAAAGAGUACCCGAGCAGGCCGACGGGCGUGCCGUCCGGAACUCGGGACGGCUGGGCGCCGAUCUUUCUCUGCGCGGGCGAGAUUUUGCGCCCCCGCUGCAAUACUGUGUGGCGCACCGAAACUGGCCUCGCCUUCCCCGCCUGCAAUACUGGGUCGCGCACCGAGCCGGCCGUUUCGGUGUCACCCUGCUCGUUCUCGACGACCGCACGAAAUCCAGUUUCGAUGUGGUGCUCCGUAUCGUGGCCUAGAAGAACUUCUUCUAGGUUCGCUCUAUCAAUACGUAUUUGACACCGAAACUACACGAGUAGCGAAACGACGUCAUGUAUCAGCAUCACAGAUUUCCAAGCGUGAAUAGCAAAAAUUUGUAUUGCAAAAGAUCCCAGCAAGAGCUGUGCUUGUCAUGCAAGCGAUGCGAAACACGACUAGAAUCUGCAUCAGAAAGAUUCAUACUCCUUUCAUGCAUGCAGCAUGCAUGACAAAAAGUUUUCAUUUGGAAACUUCGCAUCACAAAUUUUUGCAACUUUGGGGGUGGGGGGCACUUUUCACUGUAAUACGUUCGUACGGCUUCGGUGGCAGCCUUGCGGCACGACCGCUUUCGCCCCUGGAACGGUGUUCUGGCCGCGUGUCGGCGUUCUCGCUGGAGGUACUGGAUGA